AUGUUUAUAUUGCUUUGUUUAUUACAUUUAUAAUAUGUAGAAUCAAAGGUGAUUUAUUUUUUACCACAUUCACAUGAUGAUGUUGGUUGGUUAGAUACUGUAUGGAAUAUCUAUGAUAAUGGACCUGGAGUAAAAAAUAUAAUAUCAUCAUAUUCAACAGCUUUAUCAAAAGAUUCAGGAAGAAGAUUUGUGUAGGUUGAAACAAUUUAUUUUAAAAAAUGGUAUGAAGAAUAGGAUAUUGAGACAAAAUAAAUGAUUAAUAAAUUAAUCAUUAAUGGGUAAUUAGAGUUUGCAGCUGGAGGAUGGUCAAUGAAUGAUGAAGCCACAACUUAUUAUGAAGAUAUAAUAGAUUCAUUUACUGGAGGUCAUACAUAUUUAUAUGAAUAAUUUAGAAUUAUUCCAAGAGUUGGUUGGUAAAUUGAUCCUUUUGGACAUUCAUCAACAUUUGCAUAUAUAUCUUAUAUGAUGGGAAUGGAUGGAUAAUAUUUUGCUAGAAUUGAUUAAAUAGAUAAAUCGGAGAGAUUGAAGAAUAAAAAUUUAGAAUUUAUAUGGAAUCCAAAACCAGGGAUUGAAUUAUUUUGUCAUAUUAAUUAUAGACAUUAUUCAAGUCCUCCAGGAUUUGAUUUUGAUCCUUUGAGAUCUUCACCUGAAAUUUAAUCUAAUUAAGUCAAUUAAAAAGCUAAUUAAUUAUUAGAAUAUUUUGGAUAAUAAGCUAAUUAUUAUAAAGGAGAAACAAUUGUACAUACCUUAGGAGAUGAUAAUGAAUGGUCAUCUGCUGAAAGUUAUUACAAAAAUAUUGAAAAACUCAUUGAUAAUAUCAAUUAGAAAAAUGGUACAUAAUAAAUUCAUUUUUCAACUCCUCAUCAAUAUUUAAAAAGAUUAAACCAAUAAAAUUUAUAAUAUUCUGUAAAAUUUGAUGAUUUUUUUCCAUAUUCAGAUAAUCAUCAAUCUUAUUGGACUGGUUAUUAUACUUCCAGAAUUAGUUUUAAAGGUUAUGUGAGAUAAUUAAGUAAAGAAUUUUAAUAAAUAAAAACUUUCUUAUCCAAAUAAAUUUCUUAUGAUAAUAUAAAAGAUGAGGAUGAAUUAUUAUAACUAUUAUCUAAUCAUAAUUAAAAUAUGGGUAUUGUAUAACAUCAUGAUGCAAUUACUGGAACAGCAAAAUAAUUUGUUAAUGAUGAUUAUAUUAAACUAUUAUAAUAAUCAUCAACUUUAUUAGAUUAAUACAUGAGAAAACAUGUAUCAAUAUUAACUGAAUAAUUAUUGGAAUAUAAAAAUUAUGAAUAUCAUACAUGUUAUUAUAAUAAAACUAUUUCUGAAUGUAAAUAAUUAGAUGUGUGGUUAAAUUAAAAUAAAACUGUACUCUUAGCAUUAUUAAUGAAUUAAAAUAGGAUUAUUAAAUUACCAGUUCCUAAUCUUCAUUAUACAGUCUUAGAUGAAAAUAAUAUUUCUCUCAAUUACACUUUAUUAUGUGAUAAUUAAGAUUGUGUGUUAUAUUUUAUUAUUGAUGAAGAUAAUAUAGAAGAAACUUAAUUUUAUAAAAUAAUACCAUCUAUUGAUAAACAUCCAUUUAAUACAAAAAGAAUAUAAAUUAGUAUAAAUGAUGAUACUGAUUUAUCUACAAUUCUAAAUAAUUAAACAAAAACCAAUAAUACUUUUAAAUUAACUUAUGCUUAUUAUGUAUCUUCAUCUGAUUAUAGAUAACCAAGUGGAGCAUAUAUUUUUAGACCUGAUGGAUAAUUAAAUCCUUAUGGUAACAUUAUAAAUUCAUCCAUACAUUAUGAUGAUAUUGUCACUGAAUUAAUUAUUAAAAGAAAUGAUGUAACUACUAAAAUAAGAAAAUAUAAACAUUUGUAAGAUGAAUAUGAAAUAGAGACAUUUUUGGAUUCAAUUGAAUUUAUAAAUAAAUCAGGAAAAGAAAUAGUAAUGUUAAUUGAUACAGAUAUUGAAAAUAAUGAUACAUUUUAUACUGAUAGUAAUGGAUUAGAUUUAUAAAAGAGAGUUAAAAAUUAUAGAGAAACAUUUAAUUUAAUAGAUACAGAACCUGUUUCAUAAAAUUAUUAUCCAGUUACUAAUAUGAUAUUGUUAAAUUAAACUAAUGGUUAAACAGUAGCUAUUAUUAAUGAUAGAUCUUAAGGAGGUACAAGUUUAAAAAAAGGAUAAAUUGAAUUAAUGAUUCAUAGAAGAAUUGGAACUGAUGAUAGAAGAGGAGUUGGAGAAGCCUUAAAAGAAGAUAUUGAUGAUCCAAAAUGUUAAAAAACAAAUACAUGUAAUAAUAAAAAAGGAAUAUCUUAAACUUUAUUUCAUUAACUAGUUUUUUUUUAAAAUACUUAAGAUCCAAAUAAAGCCAGAAAAAUUUAAUUAAGAGAAGAUAUGAUAGCUCUUAAAUAUUUUGCAGAAGAUUUCUUUUCAAAAUUCAAUAUUUAAAAAAAUAAAGUUAUUCCAUAAAGUUAUCUUGAUGAAAUAGUAGUUUUAGAUGAAGAUUCAAUAUCUAAAAUAAGAAUUGAACCCAAAUAACAAUAUUUCAUUGUGAGAAUACAUAACUUAUAAGAAGUUGGUAUCAUUGAUUUCUAAUUACCUAAAAGUGUUUAAUAUUAUUAAACUACUAUGAAUGGGCUUAUGACAAUUGAAGAAUGGUAAUCUACUAAAUUAAGUAUUAAAUUUAAUUAUUUAUUAUAGAUUGGCAAACACUAAACAAAACCAAAACUCAAAUUUAAGUUAAUUCAUUUUAAGUUCAACCUUAAUUCAUAUCAACAUUUAUUAUCUUAAGAUGA